CCGAUGCCACCUCGUCGCCCAAUAUCCCCGCUCUCCUUCGAUUCAUGCUCGCUACCCCCACCAGACAAUGACCUCGAUACUCUUGCUGCCUCCGAUGACGACCUAGAUUCUACUGAGCGUCUGGCUCGACGUCGGAGAAUUGAGAAGCUUGCUGAAGCUUAUCUACAAGGCUCACCGCUUUUUCUUUUGUCUGCAUCGCUUCGAGGACCUUUCGACAAUGGAUGGGUCAAUCCUUGGAGAAAGGAUCGACGCAGGCAUGACGGAUUGGAGGGUAACGAGGAUGAGAAUAAAAAACGACCAGUGAUCCCGGAGACGAAUCCGCGAAAACGACCACUAUACCACCACGAGUCCCGUGAAACACAACGCACGCAACUUUCCAUGCAACAUUCCGAGAUAACUCCAAACCUGGAAUCCGGAAAGACUUCGACCACAGAAUCUUCUAACAAACGAGCGCGGGGUAAUAGCAGAGAUAUAAGAGUUACAAGCGCCACACCAAAAGAUACAUUUGUCUCCAAGGGCCAACCGUCUCCACACACAAACAGAACUUGGCUGAAGAAGGACUGUGCCGGAAUUGGGUUUCGAACGGUCAAUCCGCCGACAUCUCCUACAGCAACUAUAUCAUCUCGUCGCCAGGGAGCAAAGGACAAUACUAUACAAGUACCCGCAACUGACUACCGAUGGCCAGUUAGGGAUCAUCGGAAAGAUCUUGAUCAUUUGCGGGAGGACAAACGUGAUGUUCAUCGGGUACCGGACAGUGUCAAGGUUGCUGCCUUCAAGGAGCAGCGCAGUAGUCAAUCUGAACCUCAAAGAAUUUCGUCCGAUGCAGCAAACCAGGAAGGAUCGCUCUAUGUCCUUUCCUCGUCCUCGCACCUGCCAAAAUUCGAGUACCGUCGCGCAAAGACCUCCAGCCACGGCAAGCAGGAGCCCGAGUCUACGUCUGCGCAUCAGGAGCGAGAAGAUAGCCCCAAUCACAUAAAUAUGGCUGAGGACAACAACCAUCUAUGCCAUGAAAAUCAACCCUCGCACGGCGCGUCUCUGGAAGAGGCUAUCCGACCCGACUCGCCCGAUCCCCCUGCCGCAGAUGAGAAAAGUGCACAUGCCUCUCAGCCGCAGGCUACAAGUGAAGUGCAAGUUACAAAUGCUGCCACGUCGCAAUCCAUCUCACCGGCACAGAGGGCACCGGACAACAUUGAUCAUGUAGCGGCAAACGUGAGUGACAAACUACCCUCAGCACAACAUAACCCCUCGGAUCCAGCCGUCACGCACAACGCUACCUCGCUACAUACGAUCUCUGCCGCAAAGGCUCAUACUCAGAGUGACGAAGAGACUAUUCCCGACCCGCAAUUCAAUACGCAGGCCGCUCUUCUUCACGCCCAGAUAUCAUUUCAGAAAGAUCUUGAAAGCCCAGAACAUACCCCUGGUCGGGCUGCAAACCCAGGUUCAGUAUCUCGCAAUGAUAUCACGCCGUUUUGCAGAGUGGCUACACCCGGUGGGUUCGAGAACUUGCCAGGCAACAAGGCCUUCGGGACGAUGAAAGGCCCCAUGAUGAGCACACAAUACCUCAUUGAAGCCGUCACGCCAUUCACGCUCAGUACUGAGAAGAGGUCCAAACCUCGAUUUUUGACUCCACAAGAUCCUGAGUUUAGCACUAAGCUCAAAGGAUCUUCUUUCGCGGGGGCGUUGUCGUCGCCCGUCCCGGACUAUGCCAACGACGGGAGUUUGAAUAUCGUAUCAUCUCAGCCGCCGGAUCAUGCGGAUCUCUUAGAUCCGCCUCAGGCAGAAGAAUUGGAGAUUACCUUCUCCGGAACUAUGCCUACCACGGGUGAGGACGGUCAGGGAGGCGUGAUGGGUGCUGAAAGUUUCAACCUCAACGAAGCAAUUGCUGAGGCCGGGAGCUGGUUAAAGGAAAGCUUCGACAUAGGUCAGGAGAUCCAACGAUGCGCACACCCGAAUAAGAGAGGGUCACCCUCUGGCAUUGGCCGGUCAGCAGUAAGCCUCGAUGCUUAGGAAAAUUAUCGAUGAUUACUUGAUUUUAAAGACGAUCACGACAAUCACUUGCUUUUGCGCCAUGAGGCGGCCUCGGUUCUCUGGUGGUCCAUCCAUACUUUGGGCUUUUUCUUUAUUUAUCUUUUUACGGGCAUAGCUUUCAUGCGGGCUUCAUAGCGACAUAGAUGCACAUUAUGAGAUAU